AUGCCCUCUCUUCUUUUAUACGCCCUUGGUAUUAUGUCGAUGGACUGUUUGCACCCACUGAAAUAUUCGAGCACUGGUUUGCUGAUGACCACCCCAUUUCGUCAUAGGGGUAAGAUAAGCGACCAUCAUUUCUUUCUUUGUUCCCACCGACUCCAGUCCAGUCAUAACAGUAACAAGUGGAUUUAUCGUAUUACCGCUCAGAUUAAUUAAUCGUUGAAGAGUUACUCUAUAAUAGUAACCAUUAUCAUUUCUGACUGUAAAGUCUGUUUGCUUAGUAGUUCCAGCUUUCUAGUUUAGUGACCCUUUUCUAUCAAUGUUCCUGGUACAGGAUCACUUCAGUUGCACCUUCUUGUGAGUACCACGUGGAGGAUAUAAAAGAGCUAGCUAGAUUAGUGAUCUAUUGUACAGUGUUACUGUAUCUAUCUAUGUGUAGUCCUAGUCAUUUUACCGCAGCAAGAGGGGAAGUUGUAGGCCCAACACCGUCUCAACAACCUCCUGCAAGGCGUCUGUAUGCACUCGGCUCCGAAUAUUUCCUACAAAGUGUCACUUCACGGCAGAUGGAACUGAGGGCAUUUGCUCAGUGGAGCCACCAGCUGCAGGGAGGCAACAAAGGAAGAGAACAAAGAACUCUGACCCCUGAGGAUGCUGAAUUGGCGGCUGCUACAUGUAUGUCUGCAAGUUUAACAGAUGGCGAGGGCAAACUUCAACCACCAAUGGAUGCACAGUAUAUCUGGGUGCCUGAGCAUGCAAGAGUUAAAGGGAGGAGAAAACUUCCAGUUCCUGUGGGUGUGCACUAGCCACGUGGCAACAGUUGUCGUCCAAAGAUUGCUGCAAAGAUUUAUGAAAAUAUCUCUGACAUCGUGAACUCAUUCCUUGACGUGUGCAAGUACCUGCUGUCUUACCAUGGAGUUGAGGCAAUAUUCAGUGAGCGAUUCAACCAAGAUCCGCUGGAGAGUUUUUUUGGAAAGCAUAGAAGUUUCGGAGGGAGGUGUGAUAAUCCUAC